AUGAAUACAAAGAAGAAGAACAAAACUAGAGCUAAUAUAGAUUUGAAUAACAACUCUUAGACCGGAUCAAAGCACCCAUGGCUUCAUCCAUUUGAUUAGAAUCAUCUAAACAGCAGAGCAGAUGAUUAUUUCAGAGAUGUCUCUUAUUAUCUAAAUUUACAGAAUAUAUAUAAAGUUGUUGAUACUUGUUAUUACAAUGAGCAGAUGGAUUAUGUUCCAGUUCUAGUGCAAAUAAUGCAAGAGAAGGUCAAACAAUCGUUCGGAGGCGCAGAAUAUUUGCUGCAGGUCUGGCACUCUUAGACUAAAAAGCAGAUCUUUCAAACCUCUUUUAACGUAAAACAAUAUCAAAUUUUUGAAGAUUAUCUUGUUUGUGCUUAUCACGAUAUGAAAUUGGUAUUCAUUAAAGUAAAAAACUAAAAUUUAUAAAGAGCCAAAGAUGAUAUAAGGGCUGACGAAUUGCCUCAGCUCACAUAUCAGUGCUAACUGCCAAUACAAGCUUUGCUCCUUUUAAAAAUAUCUGAAAAAGUUGAUGGAGAUAAAAAAUUAGUUUAGAAACUGAUUAUAGCUUUUGAGACGAAUUAAAAUCUCUUAGAUUUCAACUUUAUAAUCAUUCCAAAAACUGAGAAUGAUAAGAUCAAUAUUAGUUUCAAUCAAGCAAGAGAUGUAUUUCCAAGACCGUUAGCUGAACCUGAUCCUCUAGUCCAGUGUGUAAUAAGAGUCAUGCUCACAAAGUUUAAUAACAAACAAAAAUAUUUGAUCUAAGGGGUUACUCGAAGAAAAUCAGGGUCUGUUGAUCUCUAUAGUAACAUGAUGUUUAAACAUACUUUUUGA